AUGUCUCACCCAAAGCCAACCAACACGUCGUCUUCUUCGUAUCAUACCAUUUCCGGUGCUGCUGCUGCACACCUGAUCAAGCAGAAACAACAACUCCAACAGCAACAGCAGCAAGCGAUCCUUGACAAUGCACGCACCCUCCCCGCCAAGGUUCGCGGAUCCUCUACAACAACUGCCACAGCCAUCUUUAAUAUCCCGGCCCCACCUCGCAAGUCUGGCGGCAGUCGUAUCGGACAGUCCAUCUUGGGCCAACUAUUGGCUGCCCAUUCUCCAGGAGGACGCAACAAUAGUGGAGGAGGUGGCAGCGAGAUGUCGUCGGAGACACAUCGACCCAAGGAACAACAACGGCGGUCGGUUUUUCCUGCCAGUUGGGGGUUAAAUUUUUCUUCAUCCUCGUCAAAGUCCAGGGCCAUGCAGCAGGGCGGCCCCUCCUUGCCUUCAAGACACUCUUCGACAGCAGCGGCGCCUUCUACAGCAGCAGCAGCACCAAAAGGAGUAACAGGAGGUGUUGUUCCACUUGGAGGACCACUGUUGCCUUCGCAUUUGGUGGAGAACCCUGAACCGAUGGACCGUUUGCAACCGGUACUGCCUUCUGUCUGGCUGGAGAGUAUUCUCUCGGGCUUAUCGCGUGCGGACCUCAACACCCCUCCUCAUUACGCGACACUUCCACGAGUCAAUUGGCAGGAUGAGCAACAACAACAGCCACCGAUAUUUCCGGGAUUGGGCCCUCGACUGAAGAAGGAGGACAGGCCUUCCUCUAGCAAUCGCACGCGACUCCCCUCCUCUGCAGCAGUAGCAGAAGGAGCGGCAGCAGGAACAAGACUUCCUCCUCAUCCUGAUCCCUCCACAUCGACCCUGCAUCCAAGGUCGCAACAGACACUGCACAAGAAGAGUUCUGUAUGUGAACUAGCGCUAGGAGACGACGCCCGGGAACUGUUCCAACAGAACCGACCCAAGACCCUCUCGUCAGCGGUCAUCCAGUCGCAGAUUGUACCCUUGAAAGAGUCGUUGAGGAAUAAUAUGCGGCAGCGCUCCUUGGACUCUUCGGCCACUCUUGCGCCCUCGAGUGGUGCGGCUAACAAGCCCGUGAUGGAGUCUUCGCCCAACCAUCGGGUGUCUUCAGGAUCGGUCAUCACUGUCGAUACACCCUCAUCUUCAGCACAGGCAACACCGGCGACGGUCAAGACGACAAGGGGGCGUUUCACUAUCGAGUCUCAGUCGGCGUUGCCUAGUCCUGCUAGGACGCGUACUCUGAGCUGCGCCUCUGCAACCGCGUUGAACUAUGAAGAGUCAUCGUCGUAUUCAUCAUCAUAUUCAUCCUCGCUCACACCGUCGUCAACAUUGUCUUCAGGAGGACUUCAGGAUCGUGGGAUGUCUCCAAGACGGAUGGACAGGACGGCGUCGUACCCAGUAACUCCUUCUUCACCAAAACUGUCCCACUCUUUUCCUUCCUCACGAUCCCUCCACUCUCCCUUGUUCCCACCCUCACCUCGCCUCUCUCCCCUGUCUGCGGAUUAUACCAACAGCAACGGUGACAGCAGUAACAGUACCAACACGACGUCGUCUCCCAUCUCGAUUCCAUCUCGGGCGUCCUCUCCCGUUUCCUCGCCCACUGGUCGAUCAUCUCACCAGCGCUCACAAUCGAACACGUCCUCAACGUCCUCAUCCAGGUUCUCGAAGGUCAUUAUCCCUCCACCUGCAUCGGCUGCCUCACUCCAGUUUGCGUCCUUUUCCUCCGUUGGGUCCCCCCCUCGGCCUUCUGUACCCUCUGCUUCUCCUACUGUAGAACCAUCCACCUGGGCGGCGUCUUCCACUGGCGACUCUUUAGUGACGGAGAAGAGGCCCAACAACUCUGGUGGAAGCAACAAUAUCAGGAACUUGUCUAUUCAGAUCGUUGACGCUGACAGGACGUCGAGGAACAGCAGUCGGGCGAGUCGACGGACACUGGAGUAUGAACGUGAACCAACACCUGUCCACCCCUUGGAUGAGGAUCUCGCAGCAUCGGCCUCGACAACCCCUGCUACUACUGGUAGCGCUGUCGCGAGAGAGAAUGGGUUGAUCAGGACUCACCAGACUAUGAACCGCGUACACCCGGCCCUGGACCAGGACUUUGUCGAUUCCCCCGGCUGUUCUGAAAGCAGCAGCAGCUUGGACAGUCGUGUGGGUGGCAUUGGUACCUUCAUGGGCCUGCCUGAUCGUCGCGCCUCGGAUAACGCUCACCAGCAGCAGUAUGAGAGUGGAGGAUUUGGGUACUUUGAUCGCACGUCUCCUGGAUCCUUCCGUCCUCGUUCCCUCUCAGCGACGAAUCUGGACUCUGUCGGGACCAAUAAUGGAAGUACCCCAAGUCUGCACCAGCAGCUGUCAUGGGCUGACCGGACAGCCAUGCAACGCGAGGAGUCUUCUCAUUCCCGGUCCUUCGAUACUGGAACCCCUCCCGCCUCCGCCUCCUCUUCCUCCGUUUCACCUCAUAUCCAUGGAGGAGGAGAAUUAAGCGAUGUGGUGAUGGUGAAAAAGAGCGCCAAGGGCCGGAUGUUCACCGUCGAACGCCAAUCGACCUUACCGCCUGCCAGUCCUACGAAGAGUAGUCGGUUUAUUGUUGUUUCGUCUACGGAGGAUAUGUGUCUGUCACCUCCUUCUUCUUUGUCUCCUCGUCCCCAUGCCCUUCAUUGA